UGAGCUAUAGGAUCUUUGGUCUGUGCCUCUCCGAGGAGAUGCCCACAGCCUUUCUCCUCCCCCCAGUCAUGGGGUGGGCCGAGCUGGCGUGCCGGCUCCUAGUCGCCGCUCUCCUGCUGUACUGGGACCCGCUCCACCUGGCUCUGCUGGCCCUUUGCUGGGCCGUGGCGAGGCCGGGCGCCGUUGUUGCCAUCGACCAGGGGGACGGCGGCGAUGCUGGAAGCGAGUCCAGCGCGGCGGCGGCGGCGGCGGCGGCGGCAGCAGAGGCGGCAGCGGCCGGGACGGAAGAAAGCCAAGCUAAGAGUGCAGAGGAUGUGAUUGAUGGAACAGUUGCGGCCUCACCCCUUCACCAGGCAUUAAGGAAAGUGUUUGACUGCAGUUACUCCCAGUUCAUCUUGCUGUGGUACGACCCUCCUGAGGAUAAUGCCGACCAGCCACUCUACCAGGUUCUACUGCGUGAGUUUAACACUGCCGUGGAUUAUGCAUUGGGCAAAAUCAGGAAUCUGAACUUCACCAGAAUAGAAAUUGGAUUGAUUCAAAUCCUCACUAUCCACUUACAAAAUGUCAAGAAGAAAAGUAAGAGGGAGAAGGUUUUCCAGAAUCGACAAGGCGAGGUGUAUUUUCUGAGGAGAACUGCCGAUGUCCUGAUACACAAUCUGCUUCCAGAGACACUGUGGAAACAAGACUGUUACCAGAAUGUGAUGAGGGAAGUGAUUGCACUGAAAGCUUUGGAGGAAACGAUCAACACAGUUUGUGACGCGGACUUCAUCAAUCAGUCAUUGAUCAGGUUUCUGGACCAGGCCUCGCUCGCCCCCGAGGGAAAGGAUUCCAUCCCAGAGGUUCCUGCCAUCACUGAGAUGAACAUUGAACCCAUUCCAGAGCGCAAUCAAGCCAAGGAGACAAAGAAAAAGAAACCGAAGAAAAAAUUCAUUAGUUUGCUGAAAAGUUUAAAAAUCCUCAAGAAAUCCAAAAAGAAGAUGGCGAUUGAAGCUGAUUCAACAGCAACUGACAUGGAUGAAGUUGAUGGACUGUGCAACGAUGCCGAAAAUAUGACCCAACAAUUCAAAUCCAUCAACCACGUGGGCGAUGAUUCUGUGGAAGAUAAUGAUUUUGAUCCCUCCCACGAGGUGUUUGAAUGGGUGAAAACAAGUUUUCUUGAAUCGAAUGAGGACAAGACAUCAUUAAAACAUAGCAAGAUCUCCAUUUCAGAGAUAGCCUGGGAUGAUGAAGAGGAGCCACUCUGUACAAUUGAUGUAGAAAACCCUGAAGAUGCAGAAGAAUGCUGGUCUGUGAAAAGGAAAUACCAUGAAUUUCAGGACCUUCGGAAUGAACUUAUCAAGACCUUCAGCUCACUUGCUGAAACCCAGCUGCCUUCAGUCAACGGCUUGGCCUCAGGCGAGAUCAGCGAGGAAUUUCGAGAAGACUUUAAGCAUCAAGUGGCUGGGUUUGUAAAGGCGUUGAGCUCUGACGAGCCCAUUUUGUGCAGUGAGACGGUCCUGAACUUCUUAUCGGCCGAUGAUCGGGACUACUGGGGGCUGCUAACGUCGCUGUUUGCUGAGGAGGAUGAGGAAACCGAUGCAGAGAGUGUUACUUCAGGGGGCUCACGUGUCCAGGAUGUGGAUGAUGGGGUAGAAACUGUUGAGAGACCCAAAACAAGUCCAGGAAACGCGGAGAUCCAGGACGCAGCAUCCAACAAGUCACUUCAUUCAACAAACAGUUCUGAAAGCACAGAAUAUGACAUCUCCUUCAGGUCCAUGGCACACAACCCUGAGGAGGACGAUGCACAAAAAACCAACAUUAGUCACAGAAGGAGAUGGACAAGGGUCUCUGGAAGGAUUGCCGAACUACCCGGAGGCAUUGCAGGCCCCCUGCACAAACUCCUGGAAGAAAUAAUGUGUACAGAGCAAGGUUACUUCAAGAUAACGUUAGCAAUGAAACUGUUAAAAUAUAUCCUGGUAAUCACGAAGAAAUCUCUGAAGAAAUCUGUCGACCGGUUCUUGAGUAAAGAGCAGGUAGCUUCGUACAUAGAUCAACUCAGAGAGGUGUUGUGGCCAAAUGGAAUCCCAGCUUGUCCACCUCCAGAAAGAUCUUAUGAAGAAAAAGCCAUUGCAAAAGAAAAAGCCAUUGAGUUACUGCUGAGCAAAGCGCCAGCAUUUUUCCUAAAGUUACUACAUGGAAAAGAAGUCAUCAACAAUCUAAUGACAGUAUUUCAAGAUGUGGAAACCAACAAGAGAUUAGUAUAUACAGCCCUGGUGUUUCUGCUAUUUGAACUCUUUCCAGAGGUAAAGGGCUCAUGGAAAGAAGAUCCUGGGCUUUGCUUGGAAGACCUCAAUGUUGACCAGUUAAAUGAGGGACCGUUGUGAAGAAGCUCGAGAAUUGCCUGGUUUCAUGAAGAGUGGCUUGUGUUAGAAUGCUCUACGUCCACAGAGGGCUAAGGAAAUUCGGCAUGGCUCCAGUUAUUCUUGCCAAUUUCUGUAGAUUCACCGUAGAAAGCAUCCUCUCCAGAUGCAUCACAGCUUGGUACGCAAUUACUGUUCACCAAGACUACAGGAAACUACAGAGAUCUAUGGGCGCAGCCCAUUCCAGCACUCACACCAGCCUCCCCUCCCUCCACGACAUUGACUCCAUCUGCAUUUCACACUGCCAGAGGAAAGCAGACAACAUAAUCAAAGCCCACUCACUCCCUAGUCGUUCCCUCUAUUCCCCUCUCCCAUCGGACAGAAGAUGCAAAAGCUCAAUAGGACAUACCACUAGAUUCAAGAAAAUCUUCUUCCCCGCUGUUAUCCGAAUCUUGAAAGGACGUCGUAUAUGCUGGGAAUGAAUUUGUGACCUUCCAAUCUACCUCAUUGUGUUCUGUUUGUUCUCUUAGUCAUGCACAUUAUACUAUGGAUACAAACACUUUUUCUUCAUUGUACACAUGACAAUAAUGCUUCAAUACCUGGCAAAAAGGUACUUUGCAGUCAGCAGUGUUUUCUCCUCUGCGUUUAGGUUGACCUGGCCUGAUGCAAGUACAGCUUGAGGGAGCACAGACGUUUACACUUCGUUUCCAUCAUCGGGUCUACUCCAUGAUGUUGCUGCACAUUGAUUAUUGCUUUUAAAGAUGCUCUAUGUUUCAGCAUUGCUCUAUGUUUCAGCAUUGCUGGCUACUGUUGACACCAAAGUAUCUGAAUUUCCACAAGUGCCUUAACGUUGGUGUUUACACAAAGCAUUCCACAGUUAAUGCAAGCCAUUCAACUGAAAUGGGCUUUAAAGCUCUGCCACAGAUAUAGAAAGAACAGUGUGCCUUCAAUUCCUGCUCCCCAUGGAAUUCUUCAAUGGAUCCAAAAUGAACAGAUACAGGACACUCCGACAGUCCACACAGAUAUUCAUCUCCAGUGACCCUUGCUCAAUCCUGGCCUUGAGUGCUGUCUGUGAGUUUUCACGUUCUACCUGUGAUCCCCUUGGCCUCCGCCACAUGUUCAGGUUUCCUUCCAGGUGCCAAUGAUGUGUGGUUUGGUAGGUUAUUCUGUACAUUGACCCUAGUGUUUGGGUGAAUGGUGAAAUCUGGGAACUGCGCCUACAUGGGUCAGGGCAUUGCGUACAGGAGAGACGCAGAGUGCUGUUUACAAGGUCCAGCAGGGAGGUUGGGAUGGAAUUGGAUUGACUGAAUCGGAUCGAAUGGCCACUCCUGCACCUAUUGUCUAUUGAAGUGUGUGGGGGAGAUGAUGGUAAACACCAACCAAGUUGUUGUGAGAUGUUGACCUGCAUGGAGAUAAAGGGGC